AACUACCGGCUUCAAGCGAAGGGGGCAGGUCACGUGAUAGGUGGUGGUUUGCUCACCUGAUCUCAUCUUUUUACCCCUCUUUAUUCGGGGUUAAAGCUGACGUGACGUCACCCUUAUUUUAGAUAAACAACCCUCUCACGGUUACCGGGUUUACCGAUCCUUGCUGCCACCAUGACGUCCUUCUCUGAGUUGUACUUCAACGUGGACAGCGGCUACCUGGAAGGUCUGGUUCGUGGCUUUAAGGCCGGUAUCUUGAGUCAGGGGGACUAUCUAAACCUUGUCCAGUGCGAAACCUUGGAGGAUUUGAAGCUUCAUCUCCAGAGCACAGACUAUGGAGCGUUUCUGGCCAACGAAGCCUCACCCUUGGCUGUGUCGGUGAUUGACGACAAGCUAAAGGAGAAGAUGGUGGUAGAGUUCAGACAUAUGAGGAACCAGUCUUACGAGCCACUCGCCAGCUUCAUGGACUUUAUCACCUACAGCUACAUGAUUGACAACGUGAUAUUGCUGAUCACUGGUACCCUCCAUCAGCGUUCCAUCUCCGAGUUGGUACCCAAGUGCCAUCCCCUGGGAAGCUUCGAGCAGAUGGAAGCGGUGAACAUCGCCCAGACACCUGCUGAACUUUACAAUGCCAUUCUUGUUGAUACUCCCUUAGCUGCUUUUUUCCAGGACUGCAUAUCUGAGCAGGACCUUGAUGAGAUGAACAUUGAAAUAAUCCGAAACACGCUUUACAAGGCUUAUUUGGAAUCAUUCUACAAGUUCUGCAAAUCUUUAGGGGGGACAACAGCAGAUGCCAUGUGUCCGAUCCUUGAGUUUGAAGCUGACCGAAGAGCAUUUAUUAUCACAAUUAAUUCAUUUGGCACGGAGCUUUCGAAAGAAGAUCGAGCCAAGUUGUUUCCCCAUUGUGGGAAGCUAUACCCUGAAGGACUAGCCCAGCUAGCGCGAGCUGAUGACUACGAGCAGGUCAAAACAGUAGCUGACUACUAUCCAGAAUACAAGCUGCUGUUUGAAGGUGCUGGGAAUAACCCAGGAGACAAAACACUCGAAGACCGAUUCUUUGAACACGAGGUAAAGUUGAACAAAUUGGCUUUCCUGAACCAGUUUCACUUUGGUGUCUUUUAUGCCUUUGUGAAGCUGAAGGAGCAGGAGUGCAGGAACAUUGUAUGGAUUGCAGAAUGCAUCGCCCAAAGGCACCGGGCCAAGAUCGACAACUACAUUCCUAUCUUCUAAAGAACGGCCCUUCCAGCACACCUUCCUCUGGGACCGUGCAGAACCUCCCUCUGCCUUAUCGUCUGAUCCUGUUUCCGGGGUGGGUGGGACAUCACCUUUCACAGAUGCAACGAGAUUUCAUUUUCUU